AUGACAUUAAAUAAGACUAAACCCCUAUCCACACUCUACACGCGGCGACACGAGCGCCAUAAUGUAGGCGCCAGGCGGUGCGCAAGUUUCACCUCGUGUGGCUGUGGCCUUCGCCUCGCCUUGCUGCCACUCCCGCGCUUCUUGUCGAUUUUUGGGGCGAGAGUCAAAGGACACGAGGAGGCGAGGCGAGAGUAUAAAAAAACACUUCUCUCACGCUCACUCACGGAUCACUUCGUUGAAAACUACUUCACUGUAUGGACGCGCGCUGAGUGGAGUAACGAGUUGUGUAUGGCUUUUAUAAACUUUUAUCAAAUGGAACCAAUCAUUUAG